CAACAGGCAGCAAAGAUGAAGAUGACGACGAAGACGAACAAGAUGAAGAAGAGGAGGAGAGAGAAUGGGAUUCCACAGGCUUUCUUGAACGGUUGCGGCCACGGUGCAUGUGGCGCUCGCAAUACUUCGAGUCCAGUGACAGGCAAGCAAGUGGCCCAGUGAGGUGUGGCAGUGCUACCAAUCAUGCUAUAACUACUCAAAUAUCCUCCUCACUUUUGCUGCCGCAAUCUCCGAGUACUAUACUAGUAAGCCCCAGUACUAGUACUAGACUCCGCAACAGUAGUAGCGGUAGUAGUAGCAGUAGCCGUAGCAGCAAACGCAGCCGUAGCAUAACAAUCAGCAUGGCUGUUGCGCAGGAGAUAUCCACGACUGGCACAGUAAGGUCGAGGGAAGAAUUGAAUAAAGGCAUUGCAGAAUUAUAUGAUGAAUCUUCAGGGAUUUGGGAGGAUAUUUGGGGAGACCAUAUGCAUCAUGGUUACUAUGAUCCUUCACAACCUGCUUCUCUUACUCAACAUCGCGCUGCUCAGAUCCAAAUGAUCGAGGAGGCGCUUCGUUUCGCUGGUGUUUCAGAUGAUUCAAGCAGUAAGCCGAAAGUAGUUGUUGACAUUGGUUGUGGGAUCGGAGGCAGCUCAAGGUACCUAGCAAAGAAGUUUGGGGCUACAUGUCAAGGAAUCACCUUGAGUCCUAUGCAAGCCCAAAGAGCUCAAGCUUUAGCUGCUGUUGAGGGUAUUGCUGAUAAGGCAUUCUUUCAAGUAGCAGAUGCUUUGGAUCAGCCAUUUCCUGAUGGACAAUUUGAUUUGGUUUGGUCUAUGGAGAGUGGUGAACACAUGCCUGACAAGAAAAAGUUUAUCAGUGAAUUGGCUAGAGUUGCUGCCCCUGGUGCAACAAUAAUAAUAGUGACAUGGUGUCAUAGGGACCUUGCUGCCUCAGAGGAGUCCUUGCGCCCUGAUGAAACUGAACUCUUGCGCAAAAUUUGUGAUGCUUAUUAUCUUCCAGCUUGGUGUUCUGCUGCUGAUUAUGUCCAGUUGCUUGAAUCUCUCUCUUUUCAGGACAUAAAAACUGAAGAUUGGUCUCAAUAUGUUGCUCCAUUUUGGCCAGCAGUUAUACGCUCAGCACUGACAUGGAAGGGUCUGACAUCGUUGCUGCGCAGUGGAUGGAAAACAAUAAAAGGAGCAUUAGCAAUGCCAUUGAUGGUUGAAGGAUACAAGAAGGAUCUUAUUAAAUUUGCAAUUAUUACAUGUCGAAAGCCCGAGUAAUUAUCUGUUAUUUAUAGAAGGUUGUUUCUCCUCUUUGUUCUGCAAAUUACAUUACAUAAAGAUGAAUGUAGAACAUAGAGAAGCAUUGUCCUUUCUAUUUUUUUCGAUACCGAAAUAAUAGUCAAAAUUCAAACUAUUGAACUUGA